GCUGGCCCCGGAGCCGGAUUUGGAGCGCGCGGCGCCGGCGGGGCCGCAGGGGGCGGCUUGGCGGAGCCUCCCGUGGUCUCGGACACUCCUCCCAGCCGGCCGCCGCCGCCGCCCGCCUCCAGCUCCCCCGCCCCGGCCCGGCCGGGUCGCCACUUCCGGCAGCUCACCUGGGACGCGCUCACCUGCCUCCCGGCGCCUGGGCACCAGGAUGAAGGACCGGCUGGAGCAGCUGAAGGCCAAGCAGCUGACACAGGACAGCGAUGCCGACGAGGUUGAGAUCGCCGUGGACAACACAGCUUUCAUGGACGAGUUCUUCUCCGAGAUCGAGGAAACACGGCUCAACAUUGACAAGAUCUCCGAGCACGUGGAGGAGGCUAAGAAACUCUACAGUAUCAUUCUGUCUGCACCAAUCCCAGAGCCGAAAACCAAGGAUGAUCUAGAGCAGCUCACAGCUGAGAUCAAGAAAAGGGCCAACAACGUCCGGAACAAGCUGAAGAACAUGGAGCGGCACAUUGAGGAAGAUGAGGUCCGCUCGUCGGCAGACCUUCGGAUUCGGAAGUCACAGCACUCCGUCCUCUCCCGGAAGUUUGUGGAGGUGAUGACCAAGUACAACGAGGCUCAGGUGGACUUCCGUGAACGCAGCAAAGGGCGGAUCCAGCGGCAGCUGGAAAUCACUGGCAAAAAGACAACAGAUGAGGAGCUGGAGGAGAUGUUGGAGAGUGGAAACCCUGCCAUCUUCACUUCUGGGAUCAUCGACUCACAGAUUUCCAAGCAAGCCCUCAGCGAGAUUGAGGGACGGCACAAGGACAUUGUGAGGCUGGAGAGCAGCAUCAAGGAGCUUCAUGACAUGUUCAUGGACAUCGCCAUGCUGGUGGAGAAUCAGGGUGAGAUGUUAGAUAACAUAGAGCUGAACGUCAUGCACACGGUGGACCACGUGGAGAAGGCACGGGAUGAGACUAAAAAGGCUGUGAAGUACCAGGGGCAGGCCCGGAAGAAGAAGGUCAUGAUCAUGAUCUGCUGUGUCAUCCUUGCGAUCAUCUUAGCUUCUACCCUUGGGGGCAUAUUUGCCUGAAAAAGCCCUCGCAGCUGGAUCCACGACGGGCAGUUUUAACCCUCCUUCCACCUCGGUGGUGCCACCACUUCCCACUGCGGACUCAACAGUGACUCCUUUUUCCAUGACCAAACCUCCUACGACACAGGGCAUCAUCCACCAACCACCUACAGAAAGUUGUGCAGGGGGAGCCUUAUGACAAUGCAGAGCUGGGUGGCAGGCAGGCGUGAAGGAACAGAGUGCGGAAACACCUAGCCAGUCGGAAAGACGGUUUACAGGAAUGGGCUGCAGGCUCACAGGCACCUUGGUCAGGAAGUGAAGGCAGACAUGACAGCACCCCGGUUCACCAAGAUCUCGUGUUCACUGCUGCAGGGUCAGCAGGGUCAGGGCACUUGUUACAUCCUUCAGGUUCUUCUAGGUCUCACCCUUCCCCAGCCCGGCAUCAGCCUCCUCCUCCAGGCUCCACUGGCCCUCAGAGUGCAGUGCUCAGCGGCAGGCACCACGCACGCCUCGCUCAGUCUGUGUCCUGUGCUCAGCACAGCGCCUGCCGCUGACAGGCGCUCCACUGUCUGUCAACUUCAUUCCCUGUAGUCAAGAUCUGGUUUCUGCUCACGGACAGGUCCUUGGGUUUGCCUCUCAACCCCUUUAAGGCACCAGUGGAAAAUGGUCUGUUAGUACCAGAGGCUGCAUGAAAUGCCUGGAAUGGGUUGAUCUAUUUAUGUGAAAAUGAAACAGGAUCCCCCUUACAGCAACUUACACUCUGAAGUCCUCUCUCUGUGGGGGGUGAUGGUGGACUUCUGUCGGUGGCCUCUCACUCUGCUAAGAUGCUUGGCCCCAGCAUGGUGGUCCACUGAACUGAACGUGGACCCAGAACACAAGGAACGGGUUUAGAGCGCGGUUGGACUCACGGCAGUCAGCAGUACUAUGCGCUGUGAGGGAGGAGCUGGAGGUGUUCAGUGGGAAAGGGGAGGUGAGACUCGCACUCACCUCCUUUCCCUGGUGCACGUUGCUAGCUGAACCUCUGUCGGCCAGCAGUGUGUGCCCCCAAAAGUGUUCCACACAGUCCCCAAUUCAAGGUCCAUGUUUGUUCUAUGCAAUUUAGUAAUUAAUUAUAUUUCAAGAGGUUAAUGGAAACUUACACUAAAAAUAGUAUGCAACUUUUGAGGACCACACCACUGUUGAGAUAAAUGUGUACUUUUGAAAGUGAAUGACUUCCUUUGCAGGGGAUCUUGUAAAGCGGGGAUAAAAAUAUUUGACAUUUUAGUCAGUGUACGGUCUACCCACUUUCAAAAACAAGCGGUUUAAUAUUUCUGUCAAUUUGUACUUCCUUUAGUUUGAACAAUGGAUAGAAAGCUACUACUGGACGAUAGCUUAAUCUUGGUAAGGGCACAGGGAGCUGCAACCUCGGGGCCCUCAUUUACCCAGCAGUCACUGCUCCGGUGUGGCGUGGCGCACGGCACUGGCCCAGGACCCGCAGGGACACAAAGGCAGAGCCACUCUUCCUCCUCAGUGAAUCUCAAACCUGGGCAAGGCCACACGAUUCCCACUUUUAUCAGUUCCUUUUGCUAAGAGGCCAGGGUGUGUUCCUGGCCGUACUGUUCAACAUCCCCGCUUCGGAGAUUGAGAGAAGAUGGGUAGCUGGGCAUAAAUAAAUAUCUGUUGGAU